AUGACGACCUUUGACUUUGAGGAACGCAGCGCAUCCGCUGCCGAGCUGCAGAGAGCGAAUCCCUGGGACGUCUACGCCCAAGCUCGGGAAAAGGUUGAUUUUGAGGCGGAGGAGGACAAGAAGUACAUGGUGGACAAGGAUGGUAUCAUCCGGUCUGUCAAAAACUUGAAAAGUCUCAGCAACGUCCGGUGGGUCAUCCUUUCCCUGGGCGGCAAUGAUGUGUACCUCAACUCCGGGGUCAAGACGAGGUUGAUCAACUCCCUCGUCCCGGGUUCGGAGGGCGUGCGCAAGGAGGUGGCCAAAGAGUUCGGCGCGCGCCUGAAAAAGGCGGCAGAGCAAGUUCAAAAGGCAGCGCCCGACGCCACGCUGGUCCUUGUGGUGCCGUACCAGCCACACGAGGAGUUUUCAUUGCUGGCUGGUGCGCCGAUCAACGACGAGGGGGCACGUAUCUACGGGGACUUCUUGGGGGAUGGCGCCCGUGGCCUCGAGAGGCAGCUCCUCCCCGACCUGGUCACGCCCAUGGUUACGGAGAUCCUGACACUGGCCCAGGAUUUGGAUUGUCCGGUCAUUGACCUGUCCCAGACCUUUGAUUCCAGCAUGGAAGAGCACUACGGUACUGGGGAGAUUGGUCGCGUCAACAGCCUUGGCACGCCCUGGAGUGGGGCCGAGCCCAGCGACGUCUCCAGCAAUUUCAUCGCACAGCUUAUCGCCAAUGCCAUUGCUCAGGGGAAAAAGUCCGUUCUCUACAGCGGCAAUCCUCGACAGGAAGAGAGAGGCUGGUCGCUGCGCGUCAAGGAGGAAGUCAACGACUGGAUCCUUGCGGAAGACUAUCGCUUCGGCGGUAAGACACGAAGUCGGCUAAGCAGCAAACCAGGCAAGCCCAUGUUCCAGCUGGAUGCCUUCCAGUCCUUUGCCCUCGGGGCGGGGCUGGUCAUCGCUAUCAACUCGGCUCUUCUGUUGCAAGGCAACAACCCGCUCUUCUUUGACCGGAGUGAGUUUGAGCAGCAGCUGAAAUCGCAGGGGCUCAAGGUUCCGGCCUCUACGACUUCCACGGCGAGCAAGUGA